AUGAAAGGGGCUCAGAGCGCGUUAGACGGCAGUUCAGUGGAGAAACUCGAGGUAGAAGGAGCAGGAAGAAGAAAGUGGGAAAGUGAAGUAAAAAUCUUCAUGACAUGUGGCACAAUAUCCAACGAGGAUUCGUUGAUAGCGCAGCAGCGUCGUGAUUUGGAUCUUUUCAGAGACACGAGACAGCGUAUCGUGGAACUGGCUGGGAACUUAAGCAAUUCGGCGAAACAAGCGGUUGAGACUAUUGGUAAUUUCUCUGUCGGAAUCCAAGACGAAAUCCAAUCAUUGGCAGAUAAGAUCAAGACAGACAUCCAGAAGUUGGAGGGGAGGAUUGUGGAUGCUAUAAAUACUGCCACUGACAACCUCAACACAGCUGGCGAAAUGGUGACGAAUUGUAUUGAGUCACACAGGCAGGAAGCCGAGACCCUAAUCGACGACACAUUUGCCAGGUCUAUGGCUUGUGCAGACGACAGAAUUAGCGAGCUGGACGCCAAGAUAGACGAUCUCAACGCAAUGUCAACCGAAGCUCUGGACCAUGCUAAAAGCGCCGUCGAGGACAUGCAAGCAUGUGCUGGUGACGGAACUGAAAGUAUUUUCGUCGUUGGAUCUUGUUUGGGAACCAUUGCGCUGCAAACUCAAACGAAAGCAGUGAUAUUUUUGGCGAAUAGCGGGCUGAUGAUCGCUCGCAUAAACUACGCAAUGAGUACGUUGCCGGUGGCGUUUGAAGAAAUACACAGCGAAAGAACUUCAAAUGAGCCCGAGCUUGAGGGAUCUGCGUUAAAACCGCAUCAACUUGAACAAUUAACCAUAACGGACCUAUGGAAUCGCGUCAAAAACAGAGCGAUACGCGCUUGGGAGGCAUUAAAGAAUGUCGCCGAGCGAUCCGGGAAGAGGAUAUCGCAGUGGAUGAAAAACAUCAAGACAAAGGCGAAGAAGCUGAAUGCGUUCUUCAAAAGCCGCAUCCAGAAAAUGAGAAAAGAAGUCAGUGACCUAAUAGCGAGCAUUAAAAACACAAGCGACCUCGUGAAACAGUGCUUGCAAGAACAACAGGCGGCAAUUGACAAAAUCCUUAAAGAAAUACUCCAGGACGUUACCACUUGCAUAUCGAAAAACAUUCAGUCCCUAUCUCUGUUGGAGACAAAUGCACAAUCGUUCAUCGAAAAAUCUGAAUUCGUAAACAAAGUCGAGAGCAAACUAUCACUUUGCCUCAAUAAUGACGAUAUUGAACAAUGUUUCGACGAUGUAAGAAUAAACAUUUAUGAAGAUUUAGAACGCGAGGAAAAAGAAAUGCUGACGGAUGUAAGCUAUGACAUUACUUUUCCACAACAU